UGAAACCAUGUCGUGUUAAUAGAUCAAGAUUUUCUCGCGUACUGACUUCAAGUCAGCAAACUAUCAAAAUGAAUUCGAUCGACGUUUUUUAAUUUCGUUUUCUUUUUUUUCAAUCCGUGCGGUUAACAAAAAUUGAAAUGAUAGUGAUUUUGGUGGGACUUAUCUGCGUCGCCGGUACUUACGGUGCCAUCGCCACAGAUUUCGAUGCCUAUUUUAACACCAUGUCCCAACCACGAAAGGGAGACCUCGGUAAAACCACCACCGACAGAAUUCAGGAAACAUACUCUCUUGCAAACAGAGAAGAAAUUAGAGAGGAAAAGACUACAUCAUCACUGUUCCUGAACAAACUUAAAGAAGUAUACAAAUUUGAUUCACUAGGCAGACCGCAAAAAAUUGAAGAAAGAGCUUAUCUUCUAGUUAAGACUUUAAAACAUAGGAAUAAACGAUACAGCAGCUAUCUCACAUUAUGUCACUUCAAGAUAUGUAACAUGGGCCGCAAAAGGAACACGAGGUACAAGUCCUUUAAUGACAUGGAAAAUGAUUUGGAAUACUAUAAAUAAAUGUCGAUAAAAUACA